AUGGCUGCAGCGAUCGCCAGCUCCCUCAUAAGGCAGAAGAGGCAGGCGAGGGAGCGGGAGAAGUCGAAUGUCUGCCGCUGCGUGAGCAGCCCCACUAAAGCCAAAGGGACCUGUGAAAAGCCCAAUCGACUGAACGUUUUCUCCAGAGUCAAACUCUUUGGUUCCAAGAAGAGGCGAAGGAGACGACCAGAGCCCCAGCUGAAGGGGAUUGUGACGAAGCUGUACAGUCGACAAGGUUUCCACUUGCAGCUGCAGGCAGAUGGAACCAUUGAUGGAACGAAGGAGGAAGACAAUGGUUACACCACAUUCAACCUUAUUCCAGUGGGGCUGCGAGUGGUGGCCAUCCAGGGGGUGCAGACCAAACUCUAUCUGGCUAUGAACAGUGAGGGCUUCCUGUACACAUCAGAACACUUUACGCCAGAGUGCAAAUUCAAGGAGUCAGUGUUCGAGAACUAUUAUGUGACAUACUCCUCCAUGAUAUACCGGCAGCAGCAGUCGGGCAGGGGCUGGUACCUCGGUCUGAACAAGGAGGGAGAAAUCAUGAAGGGGAACCACGUCAAGAAAAACAAGCCAGCAGCCCACUUCCUUCCCAAACCUCUAAAGGUGGCAAUGUACAGAGAACCAUCCCUCCAUGACUUGACAGAGUUCUCCCGCUCAGGCAGUGGCACGCCCACUAAGAGUCGGAGCGCCUCGGCCGUACUCAACGGGGGCAAAGCCGUGAGCCAGCACGAGUCCACGUAG